AUGACAGGAAAAGACAAAACUGUGACCGUACCAACCAACUACCAGCCGGGCAGAACUCGCGCAGCAGCAGCAAGAGAAGAGGAAGGUGAACAGGAGCCUCCACUCCCUCAACAACAACAGGAAGGUGAACAGGAGCCUCCACUCCCUCAACAACAACAGGAAGGUGAACAGGUGCCUCCACCCCCUCAACAACAACAACAACAACAGGAAGGUGAACAGGUGCCUCCACCCCCUCAACAACAACAACAGGAAGGUGAACAGGAAGGUGAACAAGUGCCUCCACCCCCUCAACAACAACAACAACAGGAAGGUGAACAGGUGCCUCCACCCCCUCAACAACAACAACAGGAAGGUGAACAGGUGCCUCCACUCCCUCAACAACAACAGGAAGGUGAACAGGUGCCUCCACCCCCUCAACAACAACAACAGGAAGGUGAACAGGAGCCUCCUCAGCAACAACAACAGCAACUGGAAGAUACAGAAGAUUUACCUCUACCUCCUCCUCCUCCUCCUCCUCCUCCUCCUGUUGAAGACCACCUACUAAUUCCUCAAAUGGCUACCGGAGGAAUAAAUCUAAAAAAAUACAAUGGAACUGACUCGCCAGUCAUAUGGCUCACCAACCUUGAGUCAUGGCAAAAGUUUCAUAAUGUGCCAAAUGAACGAACCUUGGCUGCCAUGUCAUUCAACAUGGAGGGACCAGCAGCACUGUGGUUGCAAGGCCUCCCAGAUACUGAGAGGACAGAUUUUGUAAAGUUCAAGGAAUCCUUCCUACACAGAUUUGGUCAAAAGACCACAGACAAUAAGUUCUCCUCCUUGAAGCAAAGUUCUGAAGAACCCGCGGAAAAGUACCUGGAACGAGCGGAGAAGCUGGCCCUUGGACAUACCAUUGUAGAAAGCUACAAGGUUCAAGUAGCCAUGAAUGGACUGCAACCCAAAUUGAAAUCAAAAGUAUUGGGCAAAGAGCCAAAAACAUUCCUUGACCUUCGGCAUGCAGUCGAUUUGGCAAGAGAGGAAAUAGCAUGCACAACGGACACGGACAGCGUUAACAUGCUGUCCAUGACAAAACUGUGUGAUGAGCUUGUCAACAAACUACAGACUCAACUUAUAAAUCAAAUUCAGGAAGUAAGAGAGGAAGUGUCUGUGAUAGCAUCUAAACAACAUCACAACAAAACAAACUAUAAGCAACCUUCAUCUCAGCAUCAGCUCCAGCAACCUCCAACCCAGCCUUACGUUCAACAACACCAGCAGCCGUUUUCUCCAUAUCAGGCGUACCAAGUUCAACAGCCAUUCUCUCAACAACAAGCGUACCAAUAUCAGCAGCCCUUCCCUCCACAACAAGCGUUCCAACCUCAACAGCCCUCUCCUCCACAAUGGUAUCAACCCCAGCAGCAGCAACAGUCCUUCCAGCCUCAACUGCCUCCUCAACCUCAGAACAGAAGACCGUGCCAGGGAUGUGGUAAGUCAUGCCUUGGGCGAUUUUUAUGUCCUGCUUAUAAUACACAGUGUUCAUUUUGUAAGAUUUGGCAUCAUACCGCUGAUGUGUGCCGCCGGAAGAAAUUCAACCAACCACCCUCUACUAACAUGUCAAUACACAAUUCCACUUCCCCAGCACAAAACUUUAAUAGGCAAUAG